AUGAAAGAAUAUAGACAACAAAGAGAAGCUAAAACUAAAGAUCAGAAAGAAAGCAAAAUGCAAGUGACAGCUCAGCAAGUUAUAACUAAGAAGGCUCCAACAGCAGUAUCUGAACUGUCUAAACAGAGCACUUCAAAUAACAUCUCAGAAGUAACUCCCAAGUUGAGGCCAAAAAUCAAAAGGCCACAGUACUGGAAACAGCAAAUAGGAUAA